GUCAAUGGACCCAGCAGAAGUGGAAUUUUUGGCAGAAAAAGAAACAAUUGAAGUUAUUCCUAAUUUUAGCUUCGACCCUGUACAUCUAAUAUCAGGGAGUAUUGGACCAUUUAAAGCUGGUUUACCUCUAAAUGUUCCUUUAUGGUUAGCAGUCACUUUGAGACAGCAACAAAAAUGCAGAUUCGUUACCCCGGAAUGGAUGGAUGUUACACUACUAGAAGAAGUUCGAGAAGAAGAGAAACAAUCCAGGUUCUUUACUAAAAUGCCAAACCCACAUUACAUGGUGGAAGCAAAGUUAAUCUUAAACACUGCUGCAGAAGAUAUACCAAGAGCUGAAGAAAUUAGAACAAUAAUUAAAGACAUUUGGGAUAUAAGAAUGGCAAAAUUGAGGACUUCUAUGGAUGCAUUCAUUCGAGAAGGUGGAUCAUAUGCCAAACUUGAUCACUUAACAGCAAUGGAAAUAAAUUCUGUAAGACCCCUUUUACCGCAUGCCUUGGACCAGCUAUUCAGGUUGCAAAUGGUACAGAAGUCAUCAAAUACAACACAAAAUUCAACGUUGCUUAGUUCCUUUUCAAGUAAAUUUACUUCGUGA